AAGACAUACCAAGUUAGUAGUUCGAGAAAGAAUAAUGUUGUUGAAAGCACUACCUUUGUUGCUGACCAUUGGCACAGCCUUGGCUGGGAUUCCAAUGGAGACCAGGAUGCAGACUGAGCGCACUCUGAUGGACUUCAUGAUGUUGGCGUCCGCUUCUACUGACCCGGCAGUCCAGCAGUAUUGCUUCAAUCGUUACGUGCCGAUCAUAAAUAAGCAUACGGCUGACUUUGAAGCUGAGUAUAAAAGUUGCCAAGAAGUCUACGACUUUUCUGUGAAACAAAUUGACUCCGAGUAUACAAAAGAACGCCAAAACGCUACUGCAAUUUCGAAGGAAUCAUGCCAAUCUCUGCAAAAGUGUGAUGGUAUCGAAAGCUAUAUCGAAGCCUUCGAGUGUUUCGGAAGUACAGGCUCUACUCAAUCUUUGAUUCUGCAAGGCAUGUCAGGCCGCUCUAAUCUAGCAGCUGCAAGUAUUAAGGUAAAAUAUUUUACCGUUGCGAGCACUCGUGAUGGCUGCUUUAUAACAGCCCAAAAUACCUAUCAGAAGAAUUACGCGGAUACUUUUGAUGAGAUGAGCAAGUGUCUCGAAGGCAAUAUAGUCACGCCCCCGCCUACUUUGCCACCAACGGCCAUUAUUAAUUCCGUUAUUAUUCUAGUAAAGAUGUGCCUGAAGUUGUCCUUACUCCUGAUGGGCCUAGGCAUGGCAAUGGCCUACAGGCCACAAUUGUCCUUGAAAUCAGACGAGGAGAUCGAUAAGCUCCAAAGAGAUAGCAUGGUGUUGGCUGAGGAGCAUAAGGAUAUCUCAUCGAAAUGCUUUCCCAUAUACAAUCCUCAAUUAAACUCCAUUUCGGAUCAGUUCGAAGUAGAGUAUGAUAGUUGUAUUAGUGCCUACGAAGCUUCCACCAAAUCGGUUGACAAAACUUAUAAGGAUGCUCGGGUCGAAAUGGAGAAAAAAGCCUACAGCUCCUGCCAAUCCUUGAAGUACUGCGACAGGUCAUCUAAGACACUCUUCGGUGAGAUCGAGUGUGCCGCUGCCAGGGCUUCUGACGAUGCCAAGAUCUUUUAUGAAAUUUCUGCAAACGCUAAAGAUGCUGCUGCUAAGAGCAAAUCGGACUAUCGUAAAGUGGAGACCACAAAGGACUUCUGCGUAAACGAGGCUGAAAGGAAAUUCGUUGAAAAUACCUCCAAAGUCUAUGAACAAUUGAAUGCCUGUCUGGUUAGCAACCAGCCAAUUGGGCCACCAACUUUAGUGUCAGAUUAUCCUAUCGUUGAAGUUAACGCCCCACCAAAGGGGCCAUAUAGUCCGGGCGUCGCUCCUGAAAUCCCCGUUCCAGAUGGUCCGAAAAUCCCCCAACCCCCAACUAGUGGGUAAUAGAAACUAAAUUACAAUAAAACAAUACUAUUCGCACAUG